AUGCUGACGAAGCCGUCUGGCAAGCUCUUGGACCUCGGCCGAUCCACCGGAGCGGAGACCCUCUACAUCGCGUUGGUGCACAACUGCGCCGCGGGGCGCCGGGCGCCCCUCCUGCCCGACGCCUUCGACGUGGAGCUGCAGAGCAAGGGCUUCACCAACGGCAAGGACGACCGGCCCCGGGUCGCCGAGCUCUACCGCUCCGCCUUCGCGCAGCGCUUCGAGGCCGCGGAGCACCUGCGCUACGACGGGCUGCAGUGGGGGGACGAGGAGGCGCAGCAGCUGGCCGCCGUGCUCGCCUCGGGCGCCGCGCCCCGGCUGCAGGAGCUCCACCUCGCCGAUAACCGCGUGGGCGACGAGGGCGCCGCGCGGCUGGCGGAGGCCCUGCGCGCCCCGGGCGCGCUGCCCCAGCUGCAGCUGCUCUGCCUCCACAACAACCCGCUCGGCGGGCCGGGCCGGGCG